UACAAAUCUUUCACGAAUAGCGUAAAUAUCUGAUAAUUGCAAAUUCAAUUUCAACUCAUCUGUAAUUUCACUGGCUAACCCAUAGAAAAACAACCUAAAGAACAAAAAAGAAAGGAACAAGAAUGAAGAAAUUACAUUGCCAAGAAUCACUCACAUGUAUGCACCGAACGCGGUAGAAAGGUAGUUUUUGUAGCAUUAUCUGCCCACUCAACAUCUUUCCACCAAUGUUUCUGUGCUAGAAUCACAAGUGUAUUCCCCCUUUGCACUACUGGAGUUAAGUGGGAAUUCUUCAGAAUUGGGCAAUCUAGUAUCAUCAUUUUUCAUAGCAAUGGAAAGGGCAGAGGUUUCCAAAAUAUGCUCUUCAGCUUUGGCAAACUUUCUGACACAAGAACUUGGAGUUUUGCAAAUGGGUUUGUCAAAUUUUCAUCCAAUGUUUGACUGCCGAUUAUUUCCUGCAUUCGCUCACAGAACGAGACUCUCAGAACUGCAAGAUUCGGUGCUAGAAUUAGCCAUGUCAAGUUCAGCAAACUUAAACAUUUUCCUACACUCACUUCUCGUAGACUGUUAAAACUUUUCUCCUUUAGUAACUUGACACUUAACUCCUGCAAGUGAUCAGUAUGAUGAAUAUCUAGUGUAUGUAGCUGCUCCAUAGCUGCAAGGGACCAAAUGUCAAGUGUUUUUAUAUAUUAUUCUCCCCUUCUACAAGCGAAAAACCACAAACAUAUGUUUUUUUCCCCUGAAUAAAAACACUGAAACGCGUGUCGCGUUGACCUGAUACACCUUCCUAAUCAUCCCACCAAAAUUACGCGUAGUAAAAAACUGACUUUGUCGUUGCUCUCCAAACAGAAAAUUUUCUUUGUUUUCAUUUUGUGUCGAAUUAAUUGGUCGAAGUCUGAAUCGCGAUUGCCAAAUUAUACAGCUUUCUUGAUUCCUUAAUUAUUUGUUGCCGAGAGAAGUGGCGGAAAAGAAAGUGGUCCAAAGACUUGCAACACCUGCUACGUGUUUGACAAAAGGGCUGAAAGAAGCGAUUGCCACCGAAGUAAGGACGAUUAAGAUUUCAAAGAUGUUGCAGAAGGGAGAAACUUCAGGAACAGUGAUCCAAAGACCAUUUGAACGAACAAUUGGCUUGGAAAGAGCGUUCAACGAGGCAUGGAGCUUGCUUAUGAAAGCAACAGUCAUAGUUCUGGGCAUAUAUGGCGUGAAGGGAGUCGGCAAAACUACUCUUUUAAGCCAAAUCAAGAACAAGUUUCUCAGCUUAACAAAUGAUUCUUAUUUAGUGUUCUGGGUUGCAAUGUCCCGGCCAUUGAACCUUGAGAAGUUACAAGAAGAUAUUUGGAAUCAGACAGGCUUUUGUAGUGAGCAGUGGAAGUGCAAAAGUUUUGUUGAGAGACGUGAUGAUAUAUAUAAUGUACUUAGCAAGAAGAAGUUCGUAUUAUUUGUUGAUGAUGUACAAGAAACGUUCGAUUUUGCAAGAGUUGGCAUUCCUCUGCAACGAAUGCCAAAUGGAUCUAAAAUAACAUUUACUUCCCCCUCUAAGAGUUUAUGCCAACGAAUGAGCGCUCACGAGGUUAUUGAAAUGAGACAUUUGCUGCUGGAAGAAUCUCUUGAAUUUUUUGGGAAAAUUGGUGAAGAAAAGAUUGUUGGAACUAUUAUUCCCCUAGCUGAACUUUUGGCUCAAAAAUGCUGUGGUUUGCCACUUGCACUUGUUAUUGCUGCUCGUUCUAUGUCUUGCAAGAGGAAUCCCCUAGACUGGUAUCAUGCACUGGAUUUCAUAAACAAAUUGGAAUCUGCGGAGAUCUUAAAACGUUCUCCAAAUGGAGAUAUUGAUGUCCCUUCUGUUUUGACGUUUUGUUAUCAUAGUCUGGUCAGUUAUUCAGCUCGGUCUUGUUUUUUGUAUUGUGCCUUGUUCCCAGAGAAUUUCAAAAUUUUGAAGGAUGAUCUGAUAGAUUAUUGGAUUUGCGAAGACUUGUUGGAUGAGCAUGAUGGCAAAGAUAGCAUUAGAAAGCUGGGAUAUGAGAUUAUUAAUAUACUGGUUAAUGCAUAUUUAUUGGAAGAAGAAAACCAGUAUGUCAAAAUGCAUAGUUUAGUCCGUGGUAUGGCAUUGCAGAUAGCAAAUAAAGGGGAAAAGGAGAGGAAACACUUUUUGGUAGAAGUGAGUGCUCAGUUGAUUGAUGUGCCACGGCCUUGGUUCUGGAAGAGAGCUCAAAGGAUAUCAUUGAUGGAGAACUCCAUUUGGAAUUUAUCUGAGGUGCCUCAGUGUCCUGAUCUUUUGACUUUGCUUCUCAGUUAUAAUCGUCUUACUACAGUUGGUGGUGACUUCUUCCUAUUUAUGAGUGCACUUAAAGUUCUAGAUUUGUCAAACAGUGAUAUAGAAGAAUUGCCAUUGAGUAUUUCGAAAUUGGUUUCACUACAAUACCUUAAUUUAUCACAUACGUCCAUAGAACAAUUGCCGUAUGAGUUAAAUAUGUUGUCAAAGUUGAAGUAUUUGAACUUGGAGCACAUUGACCUCCUGCGCGUCAUUCCAAGGCAAGUGAUAUCUAGUUUGUCAUCAUUGCAAAUUUUGAGAAUGUUUCGCUGUGGUUUUUCCCUUGUAGAAGAGGAAGAUAAUAUAUUGUCCGAUAGUAAUAUUCACUUAGAUGAACUGAAGCAUUUGAAACAUCUGAAUGUAUUGAGCAUCACAAUAACACUUGCCUCUGCUCUUGAGAAUUUGAGAAGCAGCAACAGAUUAACAAGCUGCACUAAAGCUUUAUCACUCGAGUGUUUAUGGGGUUCAAAAUCACUGAAUAUUUCUUUGUUAGCAGAUAUGCAGCAUCUAGAUACACUAGAGAUCCAUCGUAUUGAUCAUUUGGAAGAAUUAAAUGUUGACUUUGUGAUGGACAGAACUGAAACACAACAUAGCUGCAGUCUACAUGAGUCAGGCAUCUUAAUGAAAAGAUGCUUCAACAGCCUUCAAGAAGUGAAUGUGGGAAAAUGCUUGCGUUUGCGCGAGCUAACAUGGCUUAUUCUAGCUCCAAAUCUGGCAGUUCUGAGAGUCACAGCUUGUGAAGAAAUGGAAGAAAUAAUCGGCAUUGGCCAGCUAGGUAGAACUCUGCACGCUGGUGAAAGUCUAAUCCCAUUUGCUAAACUUAAAGUUCUUGUGCUUGAAGAUUUACCGAAACUUAAGAGCAUAUAUUGUAAUGCUCUGGCUUUUCCAUCAAUAAACAAAUUCAAAGUACUUCGUUGUCCACUGCUAAAGAAGCUUCCACUUAACUCUAGCAGUGCCAGGGGAAGUUCAGUUGUCAUUUUGGGAGAGGAACAUUGGUGGAAAGAUGUUGAAUGGGUGGAUAAUGCUACAAAAACAGCAUUUUUACCUCGUUUUGUGCGUUUGCCUUUAGCAUUUAGUUCAAGAACAGCAACACCCACUAGGUGUUUGGCAAAAGGACUGAAAGAAGACUGGAAGGAGAUCUCAAAGAUGUCGCAGGGCGUAGCAACUUCACAAACAGUUACUCAUAGAUUUGAUGAGGAAUGUAGCUUGAUUAUGAAAAGAGAGGGAAUUAUAGGCAUAUGCGGUCUGGAAGGAGUGGGUAAAACUACCGUUUUAGCCCAUAUCAAGAAUAAAUUUCUUAGUUUACCACCCAAUGGUUUUUAUCUUGUGAUUUGGGUUUCGGUGUCCCGGCCUCUGAGACUUGAAAAGGUUCAAGAAAUUAUUGGGAAUCAGAUAGGCUUUGAUGGUGACCAGUGGAAGAGCAAAAGCACUGAUGCCAAAGCUGAAGAUAUUUUCAGUGUAUUGAGCAAAAAGAUGUUUGUUCUAUUGUUUGAUGAUUUAUGGGAGAAGAUUGAUUUUUUAAAGGUUGGGGUUCCUUUCCAAAAUAUGCCAAAUGGAUCCAAAAUCGUGUUUACAACCACUUCUAAGAAUUUGUGCAACCUAAUGGGUGCUAACAGGAUUGUUGAAUUGGGUCUUUUGUCGCGGAUAGAUGCUUUUGAAUUUUUUAAGAAGAGGAUCGGGGAAGAAGUGAUUAAUGGUGAUCAAACUAUUUUUCACUUGGCUAAACUUGUGGCUGGCAAAUGCAACUUUUUGCCACUUGCACUGGUUAGUGCUGCUCAUACCAUGUCUUGCAAGAGGAGUCCCCAAGAAUGGCAUCACGCUCUUGAGGUCAUAAAGAAAUUCAUAUCUAUGGAGCUUGUAGAUCGAGGAGUUCCAGGUACAGGGAUUUAUGCAGUUUCAGUUUUGAAGUUUGGUUAUGAUAGUUUGACUUUCACAGCUCGAUCUUGCCUUUUAUACUGUACCUUGUUCCCAGAGCAAUAUAAAAUGUUGAAGGAUGAUCUGAUAGAUUAUUGGAUUUGUGAAGAGUUACUGGGUGAACAUGAUAUUAGAGCUCAGUUCAAAAAAGAACAUGAUACUAGAGCUAACCUUCAAAAGCUGGGUUUCGAUAUCAUUGAUGCACUAGUUAAUGCAUAUUUUUUGGAAGAAGAAAACCAGUAUGUAAAAAUGCACAGCGUGGUCAGAAGUGUUGCAUUGCAGAUAGCAAAACAGAUGAGGGAAAAGCUUUUUGUACAAGCAGGUGCUAAUUUAACUGAAAUGCCGAGAGUUGAAAUCUCCAAACGCGUUCGAAGGAUAUCCCUGAUGGAAAACUCCAUUCGAAAUUUAUCAGAGGUACCUAAAUGCACUGAUCUUAAAACUUUGUUUCUCAGUCAUAAUCCCCUUACUAUGAUCAGUGGUGACUUAUUCCUACUUAUGAAUACACUACAAGUUCUAGAUUUGUCACAUAGCAGUAUGGAAGAAUUGCCACCAGGAAUUUCAAAAUUGGUUUCAUUGCAAUAUCUCAAUCUAUCAUAUACGUGCAUAGAAAAGCUGCCAUAUGAAUUAAGGAUGUUAUCAAAUUUGAAGUAUUUGAACUUGGAGCACAAUGACCUUCUGCGUGUGAUUCCAAGACAAGUAAUAUCUAGUUUGUCAUCAUUGCAAGUAUUGAGAAUGUUCCGUUGUGGUUUUUCUCUUGUAGAAGAAGAUAAUAUAUUAUCUGAUAGUAAUAUGCACGUAAAUGAACUGAAGCUUUUGAAACAUCUGAAUGUAUUGAGCAUCACAAUAUCACUUGCCUCUGCUCUUGAGACUUUGAGCAGCACGCAUAUAUUACCGAGCUGCACUAAAGCUUUAUCCCUUGAGUGUUUAUGGGGUUCAAAAUCACUUAAUAUUUCAUUCUUAGCAGCUAUGAAGCAUCUAGAUACUCUAGAGAUCCAUCGUACUGAUCAUUUAGAAGAGUUAAAUGUUGACUUUAGAAUGGACGGAACAGACAUAGAAGAAUUUGGCAAUAUUCAUGACUCUUGGAUCCUAAGGAAGAGAAGUUUCAACAGUCUUCAAGAAAUGUGUGUGGGAAAUUGCUCGCAUUUGCGGGACCUGACAUGGCUUAUUCUAGCGCCAAAUCUGGAAGUUUUGAGAGUCACAUUUUGUGGAAAAAUGGAAAAUAUAAUCAGCAAUGAACAAUUGGGUAAAAUUCUGAAUGGGGUUGAAAACCUAAUUGCAUUUGCAAAACUGAGAGUUCUUGUGUUGGAGAAUUUACCAAAACUGAGGAGCAUAUACUGGACUGCUCUGCCCUUUUCAUUGCUAAACAAAAUCAGAGUACUUAACUGCCCACUGCUAAAGAAACUUCCACUUAACUCUAGCAGCGCAAGAGGAAACCCAGUUAUCAUUCUCGCAGAGGAGCAUUGGUGGGAAGAUAUUGAAUGGGAGGACAGUGCUGCUAAAACGAUCUUUUCACGGCAUUUUAUAAGUAUGCCUGACUGAUUCCUGUAAGUUUGAUCAUUGAAAGUUGAGGAUUGUUUUUCAUCUUUCUAUCUUUUUGUUCAGUGGCUUAGGCAAUUAAUGUUUUUAUUCUUCCCCUUUGUUUAUAUGUAUGCAUUCAGUGUAACUCAAUAACAAAAUCAGUUUCUCAUAUUAUGAAAAUUCCAUUUCUAUUUA